CGUCUUCUUCUAACUAUCCACACCCGCCACGCAUAUUUGGACUUGGGAGAGGGGCGAAUUGUUCGCUUUUUGUGUCAUUUUGCACACUAUUAAGCUACCUUUGUUGGCUCUGGGCAAGGUGUGUGGUUUAGUUUCCGAUCGGAAUGCCCCGACUAGGCUGUUAAACACUGGACGCCUGAUAAUGGCUUCGACGCGGAUAGUCGGCAAAGUUGCUGGGAGACUUUUGGCAAGUCUCGGAGCUCGUCGGCCCGCUUUUCAGGCGCCGCGCCCGGCGACAUGUCUUCGCAAGGUGCAACUGCCUCUGCUUGGGGCUUGUCAGGCUGUGUUCUGCAGCACGCGUCCGCCCCCUACAGAAGUGUCCAUCAGGUACAAACAUGGCCGCCUGGCUCUGGAGGUGCCGCUGACGUGCAGGAGCGAGACGUGCCUCUUCUUUCUGCAGCCCAUGCUCAUGACGGUGGGCGACCUGGUCAACGAGUUGCAGAGGGAGGACCCCGGCGCCACCGCCACGGUGCUCUCCAAAGACGGUGAACGUGUAGCCUACAACACGCUGAUAGAAGCCCUGCUGAUAGACACGCACUUCAAGCUGGUCAUCAACAACUCCAUUUACAAUGUCCACUCUCCUGAGAAAGUGUGCAAGUCCAGCGAGCACGCCGUGCAGCUGGACGACAUGAAGCACGUGGUUCACCUGCUGCACACGGCCUUACACCUACCGGAACACCAACUGAUCCAAGAGCGCCAACUACUGGAGAGACUUGACAGCCUCAAACAGGAGCUGUCACCCCUGGAAAGGAUGAAGGCACAGCUCUCACACACAGCUGAGUUCCAAACGUCCAGGGCGGUUUGGACGGGUUUGGCGCUGCUGUCUGUGCAGGGCGGCGCCCUGGCCUGGCUCACCUGGUGGGUGUAUUCGUGGGACGUCAUGGAGCCAGUCACCUACUUUGUCACCUACGCCACCAGUAUGGGGGCCUUUGCCUACUACGUUCUCACAAAGGAGGAUUAUGUCUAUCCCAAUGCUAAAGACAGACAGUUCCUGCAUUACUUCUACAAGGGGGCUAGCAAGAAGAAGUUCAAUGUGGAAAAGUAUAAUGAACUCAAAGAUGAGUUGGCUCAGGUGGAGGAUGACCUGAAACGCCUGCGCUAUCCAACACAGCUUCAACUCCCCAUUGAACAGAUCCAGCCCAAGCCAUGAUGUCAUCACUGAGCAACAAAAAAUAAAACACUUGCUUAUUUUCAUAAUGCUGCAUUUUUAAUCAGGAAUAUUGAUGAUGGUUGUCUUUGGAAGAGGGACAAAAACAAAAACUGGAAUACUGAAAUAAACUCAUUUACUGAA